AUGCCGUCAUUCGCUGCCCGUCUGGUGCGGUGGUACAUUGUCUGGAUCCGUCGCGCCAAGGUCCUCUUCGCCAGCUCGGACAACACGCGAAACAGCAUUCAGACGCUCUACCUUUGCCCACAGAGCUUCUCGCCUCCCCAGAAUGUCGGCCAGGGUAUUGUCAUCGACCGCGUUGAUGUGAAUGAAUGGCCUCUCUAUCGGGUCUCUGCCAAUGCGCACUCCACCGGCAAGGAAACGCGCCCUGCGAUGCUCUACGUCCAUGGUGGCGCGUUCUUCCGCGAGAUUGAUCUCCCACACUGGAAAUUUGUCGCCCAAGCCGCCCGAGACACGGGUCUUGACGUCUUGGUCCCCAUCUACCCAUUGAUUCCGAGGCCUACAGCGACAGCGGAGAAGAUCGCCGCUGGACUCAUCGACAUCUGUCGGCUGUCUGAGCAGCGGAUCGUCUGCGUGGCUGGCGAUUCAGCAGGGGGCCAUCUGGCUUUAGCGGCUGCGCAGCAGAUGCGUGAGAGUCAGCCUGACUUCGCCGCUCAGCUACGCUGUCUGGUCCUCAUAUCUCCCGUAUUGGACAGCGCCUUAGACCAUCCAGAGGUAGUCCGACUGUCGAGGGAUGACCCGUGGCUAGCCAUUGAUGGGCUGCGUGUCCUGACACCAUUUCUAUCCGCAGGACUGCCGAUCAAACAUCCUGCUGUUAGUCCCCUGUACGGUGAUAUUGACCAUCUGCCGCCUAUUCUGCUGCUUUGUGGGACUUCAGACAUGCUCUGUGGAGACGCUCGCCGGUUGAGCGCUAGAUUCCAGGGCAAGGACGCCAACGAGGGUAUGCCGGGGAGUGUCCAGUUGGAUAACUUCACGUACGUUGAGCAAGCCGACAUGAUUCACGUCUACCCAUUACUGCCGCAUAGCGAAGGGGCCGAAGCGCGGGACCUGAUUAUGCGUUUCGUCCGCAACAACGUUGAAUAG